CCUCACCAUGGUCAUAUCCUGCUCACGUCGUGAAGAGGACACUCUUAAACCAAUAUGGCGGCCCGCCGGCUAACAUGUUUGGGGUUAAAUGCCGUUUAUUCUACAGUCUUCUCACCAAAUCAGGCACUAAGAAGCUGCUGGGGAGCUGUGGAGCAGAUGAGAAGCUAUUAUGUUGACUGGAGGAUGCUGAGGGACGUCAAAAGAAGACAGAUGGCCUUCGAUUAUGCAGAUGAAAGGCUACGGAUCAAUGCAUUAAGAAAGAAUACUAUCCUGCCUAAAGAGCUUCAGGAGAUAGCAGACAAAGAAAUUGCAGCACUCCCGAGAGAUAGCUGCCCUGUGAGGAUACGCAACAGGUGUGUGAUGACUUCCCGGCCCCGAGGAGUGAAGCGGAGGUGGCGACUGAGUCGAAUUGUAUUCCGACACCUAGCUGACCACAACCAGAUGUCAGGGAUUCUCAGGGCAAGGUGGUGAAUGUGGUCUAUUGGAUUCGUCUGUAAGAUUGUGUGUUAACAAAGCAAUGCAGGUUGCAGAUUUCUAGAAUGUUGUGUGAACUUAAAGAAGUAAUGCAAAUAUUGAGUAUUUAAGCUCGACUAAGAGUAAAAAAAAACAAAACAUAAUAAAUAUUGUUGUACAAAAGUG